AUGACCACUUUCAUCCCUUACGAAAGCGCCGUUCCAAAUACCUCAAACAGUUCCUUCAGCGAGAUACCCGUCGGCGAUAGGGACCCUCAUACCUCCACAACUGUUACUCCUGAAAAUUCAAUCCCACAUAACCUUCAAGGAAUCAACAAUGACAAAGCAAUAGAUAACUCUUCAGCUGAAGUUCUUGCGGAAGCGCCACAACUAGCACAUACAUCUGAAGUUGAACCGUCGAUAAUUUCAAACUUUACAGAAAAACCACAUUCUUCUGACACUUUGGAUUCAUCCUCUAUCAUUAACAAAACGGGAUCUUUAAACUUGAACACGAUUCCCCUACCAUCAAAUCCGACGACUGUCACUCAAACACAGGAUUAUACAAAAGAGUCACUCAAGAUCCUAGGUUAUAUUACCCUCGCAUUUGCCAUCUUCUUUUUUAUAGGAUUAAUUCCAAUCAUAAGAAAACAUUUAAAAGAAAGAAAACAGAGAAAGUUAAGCGAAGUUGAAUUUGAUGAAUUUCAACGUUCAUUAGAACACUCUACAGAUCCAGUUGAAAUCAAUAGAAAUUAUAGACUGAAGAAAUACCCGAUUCCAGCUAUGAGAAGGUCUUCUAGUUCGAUUAUCUCUUAUUCACGUCACCCUCGAGGUCUUAUGAUCCAAACUGAUCCAAUCGAUUUUUCGACUCCUCGUACUUCCUUGACUCGACCGCCUCCAGUUAGAAAACCAAAUGUUCAACAUCAAAGCUUUGUUUCUGAUCUUAGUUAUCCUACUACUACAUAUAGUCUGAAUCUACCGAUAAGAUAUGAACCAACAGAUUAA